GAAAAAUGUGUGAAGAUGAUUCUGCUGUGGGUUAUGCUGCUCCUCCUUCCUCAGGGAUACACCUUGAUUCGAGUCACCACAGCUGGACUUGGUGAAGCUGUGACUUUGACAUGUUCUCUGCCUGAUGAACAGAAGGGCAGUAGUGACCUUCAUUGGUACAAGCAGAGCACUGGGAAUACUCUGACUUUAAUGGUGAAGCAGUUGACAGAUGGAAAACCUAAUUAUGAAGCAGGAUUCAGUGCCUCCAGACUGAAAUCAACAUAUGAAGAGAACGUUUACAGUCUGACCAUUUUACAGACCGUUCAAGAAGAUGAAGGAAUGUAUCACUGCUCUAUCGUUGACUGGAAUAAGAAUUACUGGAACGGGACCUAUCUGUCAAUAAAAGGACCUUCUGAGAAGGGAUCACACACCACUGUCAUCCAGCAUACAGUCUCUGAUCUGAACCGCCCAGGAGACCCAGUGACUCUCCAGUGUUCAGUCUUCUCUGAUUCAGACAAGAAGACGUGUUCAGAAGAUCUCAGAGUGUUCUGGUUCAGAGCCAAGUCAGAUACAUCUUACCCAGACAUGGUCUACAGUAAGGGAACUCAACACAAUCAAUGUGAGAAGAAAUCUCGGAACAGAUGUGUGUCAUCUAUGAACUUCUCCACCUCUGAUCCUGGCACUUAUUACUGCGCCGUGGCCACAUGUGGACAGAUAAUCUUUGGAAAUGGAACCAAAGUGGCAGCAGAAACAGCAGACCCUACUUCCACUCAGCUGUGGGUGACAUUAACCUGCUUGGUCAUUUCUGUGAUUGCUAAUAUUGCUUUUGUCUGUUGCCGAAAUCAGAGAGCGGCUUGUAAACGAUUAAAACGGGUAGAAAGGACAAAUUCACGACAAGGACAGAACCCGAGCCAGCCAAACACUGAUGUUGAAUAUGGACAUGAUCUGAUCUACUCGGCAAUAAGUUUCUCUGAAGAAGGGGGAAGGGGAAAGAAGAAGAGAAAGUUAAUGCCAGAGGAGAGUGUCUACUCCCAAAUUAAACUCUGAAUUUGAGUAUGGCUUAGGUCCUAAGCCCCAGCAAGAAACAUGUAGAACAGUAAAUGAUAAAUGGUCCAUACUUGUAUAGCACCUUUCAGAGUCAGAGGACUGCAAAGCGCUUUACACUACAGCCUAUCAUUCAUCCAUUCACACACACAUUCACACACUGAUGGUGAUGAUCUAAAAUGUAGCCACAGAGGAGAGGCUGCCGAGCACAGGCACCACCGGUCUCUCCGACCACCACCAGUAGGCAAUUUGGUGUAGUUGUAUAUUUAUACACUGUAACUAGAUAAUUUAAUUAUUUGAUUUUGUAUAUUUAUACACCUCAAUUAGAUCUAAGUAAUCAAUCAGAAGUGGUUGUUUUUAUCAUCAGGGAGUUUACUUAAACACUCUGUAUUGACUGAGAGACAAGAAAAGAGAUUCCAUGGUAAUGUAUAUCAGUCUGUCUGGUGCAUUCCUGUUUAUUCAUUUAAACACAUAACUCAUGACAUCUUUAUUUCACAGAUCAUUCACCUGAUUAUUAAUGAUCAACAAAUGCUUUGAUUAGCUUAUCACAAAUAAAGUACUUUGAUUAAUCAAUGAAAAGCGUUCUUCUUCUGUUCUUCUGUCUCUUCUCCUGGAAUGUAAACAUACUGAACCAAGCGUCCGACCUUGGUGAUGUUACUGUGUGAAGGGGCAGCUGUUAAGGGCAGACCAUUAUAAGAUUCAUAACGCUACAGUGGGUUGAGUGUCUUGCCCAAAGACAAGGAGCAGCACUCUCCGCUGGGAGCCAGGAUCAAUCCCAUAACCCUCUGAUUACUGGACAACCUGCUCUACCGCCUGAACAACACGUUCUCACACCCGAAGCGUCAAAAAAUGAUGCUGGGUGACCAAGCGUUUGUUUCCAGAGUUACGGAGGCGACGUGCUGUGCCAGAGCAUUGGUUUCCGACGCCCACGGUAAAACGCACAUUUAACCGACAUUUAACUUCUAACCUCUUGCUAUUUAACCUUCCCCUCACUCCCAUCCAAACCUUAACCCUGUUGCUCAUUCUAAACUUCCUAUUAACUGUGUUGAGAGGAAUGUUGCAACUAGAAACAAAGUUUUGAAAGUGCAAGAGGGUUAAGGUUAGAAUGGGGUGGGAUGAAUGUUAAAUAGUAAGUUGGUGAAAUCUCCAUUUUACUGCGGCAGUCAGAAAAUGAUGCUCUGGCACAGCGCGUCGGCUCCCGAUGCACCGGGAAACAAACACUUGGUCACCCAGCAUCAUUUUUUGACACUUCAGGUGUGAGAAAGUGUUGCCCUGAGCUGCUGCUGCCCAAGGAGGGUCCUUGGGAAAGAUACUAAACGCCCAAAAUUACCCCCUGGGCUGCACAUAAAUGACAGCCCACUCACCGUUCCUCAGGAAUUGGUGAAAUGCAGAUAAAUUACUUAACCAAGGAGAUUAAUAAAGUAAAAGUUACUAUAUUUAUUUCAAACCUCUGAACAGAUAUUUAAUGCAUGUUAGAACAAUUUGAAUCAUGUCCAAAGUGUGGCCCGAGGGCCAUUUUCAGCCCUCCAAAUUAUUUUAUAAUUGCCUUUGUAGAAUGAUGAAUUUUGUCUUUCCAUGGGCCGCUGAUGUAGACUGACUCUUGGAAAUUUUUUUUGUUUCAUAUUCUUACCAAUAGCCUUUUUUGGAUCUAAUUUAAGGAUUACAAAUAAAUUACCAUAAAACAAUUAUUGUAAUUUUUUAAAUGAAAGAAAUCAAGCUGACUAUAUAUCCUAAUCCUGUUAGUGUAGUCCACCGCGCAGCAAGCUAUUCCCAUUUUACUGUGAAAUCAAAUAAAUAAAAGCAAUAAAAGGCUACAAACUGGCUUGUUUUGACUAGCUUCACUGGAGUUGUAUAAACUUUUUUUUGCCCACCGCCAUGGCAAAAGGGGCGAUCCCAUGAGUGGCGUAACGUCACGUGCAAAGGGUCAAUUGCAAAAAAUCCCCUGAAAAUAUGUCUUUCAUGAAAACAGUCUUUUGUAAAAACGCAGUAAUUAAACCUGACACCUAAUGCCAUGUCAGGUCUCUUAUGGCGCUUACACAUAGCGUCGGCACCGUCAGGGUUUGAUGGGGCCGGAUGGAGUGAGUUCGGUCUCGAACGGGCGGUGUAGUGUUCACAUAUAAAUCCAAUGGACUUCUCAGGAAUGCAGAAAUCCCCGAACUUGUGGGCGGUGUUUAAUAAGAGCAGGAAAGUCUGCGGUGUCCUCCAUAAUAAGAUAAACAAACCCGGGCAUGAGCUAUGUUGCUUUUGGUGACUCUGAACCACAUUAUUUAAAAUAAUUUGCUGUGUGUGUGUCCUCAUAAUUCUGUUUUCUCUCUCUUUUUUUUUUUUUUUUUUAACAUGUCCUGUCUGGCUGUGAAGCAAGCAGAAUUGAUGUCUGAAUGCUGGUGACAAGCCUUACAGAUUUAUUCUCAGGUGGAGCAUCAAAAGGUUUGCUUUUAAUGUCACGCCUGAUACUUAAAACUUUAUUGUUAUUGUUGUUGAAUGCUUUGUAAUUCCGACCAGACACGGAGACAGAGGUGAAAGA